CACUGAAGCCUGUCCUGUCACACCACACUGUGCGCUCUGUAUAAAUGAGCAGUGGUCAGUCUGCGGAUCCCCACACCGUUUCUAGGGUAUUUUGGGGGAAUUUUGCCUUCCUUUACGUUUUGCUUUCACUUUUACAUUCCCUGUUUUUGUGCGAGCAACUCGUGCUUCAGUCGCAGGAACAUCCGGAAAACCGUACGUCGUCAGCCAUGUCCGCCGUCAGCAGCUCAAACACGGCCUUUGCCUUGGAGCUGUUCCGCACUCUGAGCCAGGCAAACCCUGCCGGGAACAUCUUUGUCUCUCCUCUGAGCAUCAGUUCAGCCCUGGCCAUGGUCUACCUGGGAGCUAAAGGAGACACUGCAGCUCAGAUGGCUCAGGCCCUCUCAUUCAGCUCAGGUGAAGGCGUCCAUGCAGACUUCCAGAAACUGAACGCUGACAUCAACUCACCGUCUGCAUCCUACAUCCUGAAACUAGCCAACCGUCUUUAUGGAGAAAACACUGCCCACUUCCUCCCAGACUUCCUUGAAGCCACACAGAAGUACUACCAGGCAGACCUGAAGACUGUGGACUUCAUCGGAGCUCCAGAGGCGUGCAGAGCAGAGAUCAACAGCUGGGUCGAGCAGCAGACAGAAAAUAAGAUAAAAGACCUUCUGAAGCCAGGAACAGUACGCUCAAAUACCAGACUGGCCCUAGUUAAUGCUGUCUACUUCAAGGGCAACUGGAGGAACCCAUUUGAUGAGGCAAACACCAAAGAGAUGCCAUUUAAAGUCAAACAGAAUGAGACCGUACCAGUCCAGAUGAUGUACCAGAUGAAGAAGCUGCCCUACAACUACAUUCAUGACCAUGGUCUGCAGAUUCUAGAGUUGCCCUACGUGAAUGAGGAGCUCAGCAUGUUUGUUCUUCUACCUGCAGAGUCCUCAGAUGGCUCAGACCCUCUGCUGAAGCUGGAGAAUGAGCUAACACAGGAGAGGCUGAAUGAAUGGACCGACAGGAAAAACAUGGACGUUGAUUCAGAAGUUGUCCUUCACCUGCCAAAGUUCAAGCUGGAGGAAGACUACGAGCUAAAUGAACCUCUGGCUAAACUGGGUAUGAAGAACGUGUUCUGUGCAGGAAGCGCUGACCUCUCUGGCAUGAACGGUGAAGGGGGGCUCUUCCUGUCUACGGUGGCCCACAAGGCCUUUGUGGAGGUGAACGAGGAGGGCACGGAGGCCGCUGCAGCCACAGCUGGCAUGGUAGCAUUCUGCAUGUUGAGGGAGGAACACUUCAGAGCAGAUCACCCCUUCCUCUUCUUCAUCAGACACAAUAAGACCAAGUCCAUCCUGUUCUUUGGCAGAUUCUCAUCUCCUCAGUAGAGGAAAAGGAUGGUUCAAAUUAAAAUAAAAUAUCUUAAAAACAAUAGAAAUGAAGCCUUUAUUUUGUGAUGUUGAGUUAAUUAAGGAAUUGUAUUUUGCUUUAUUUGUGAAUAAAGUUUGAUUAUUUUACAUUAA